AGACAUAUCAGAACUCACACUGGGGAAAGACCUUAUAAAUGUGAUGUUUGUAGUAAAUCAUAUACUCAUAGUAGCGGUCUGCGGAAACAUAUCAGAAUUCAUAUAGUAGAAAAAACAUAUAAAUGUGAUGUUUGUAGUAAAUCAUUCACCAAGAAUGGUAAACUACAGAAGCACAUGAGAACUCAUAGAGUAGAAAAAUCUUUUGAAUGUGAUGUUUGUAGUAAACCAUUUAGUCUGAAAGGUAAUCUACAGAGACACAUCAGAACUCAUACUGGCGAAAAACCUUAUCAAUGUGAUGUUUGUGGUAAAUCUUUUAUUUCCCGUGGCAGUCUACAGAGACACAUGAGAAUUCAUACUGGUGAAAAACCUUAUAAAUGUGAUGUUUGUGAUAAAUCAUUCAGACUGAGCAGUUCUCUACAGGCACACAUGAGAAUACAUACAAGAGAAAAGCCUUAUAAUUGUGAAGUUUGUAGUAAAUCAUUCUCACAGAAGGCUCACCUACGGAGACACAUGAGAAUUCAUACAAGCGAAAAACUAUUAAAUUGUGAUAUUUGUAAUAAAUCAUUCGCCCAGAGCAAUUAUUUGCAAAGGCACAUGAGAAUUCAUACUGGUGAAAAACCAUAUAAAUGUGAUGUUUGUAGUAAAUCAUUUGGAGAAUCAAGUAAACUGAAGCGACAUAUGAAACUUCAUACACGCGAUAAACCAUAUAAAUGUGAUGUUUGUGAUAAAUCAUUUGGAGAAUCUAGUAAACUGAAGCGACAUAUGAAACUUCAUACACGCGAUAAACCAUAUAAAUGUGAUGUUUGUAGUAAAUCAUUUGGAGAAUCUAGUAAACUGAAGCGACACAUGAAACUUCAUACACGCGAUAAACCAUAUAAAUGUGAUGUUUGUAGUAAAUCAUUUGGAGAAUCUAGUAAACUGAAGCGACAUAUGAAACUUCAUACACGCGAUAAACCAUAUAAAUGUGAUGUUUGUGAUAAAUCAUUUAGUCAGAAUGUCAGUCUACAGGACCACAUGAGAAUUCAUACUGAAGAAGAAAUGUAUAAAUGUGAUGUUUGUGGUAAAUCAUUUGGUCAGAGUGGAACUCUAAGGGAUCACAUGAAAACUCAUUCCAGAGGAAAACCUUAUAAAUGUGAUGUUUGUGGUAAAUCAUUUGGUCAGAGUGGAACUCGAAGGGAUCACAUGAAAACUCAUUCCAGAGGAAAACCUUAUAAAUGUGAUGUUUGUGGUAAAUCAUUUGGUCAGAGUGGAACUCGAAGGGAUCACAUGAAAACUCAUUCCAGAGGAAAACCUUAUAAAUGUGAUGUUUGUGGUAAAUCAUUUAGUCAGAGUGGAACUCGAAGGGAUCACAUGAGAAUUCAUACAGGUGAAAAACCUUUUAAAUGUCAUAUCUGUGGUAAAUUAUUUACUUCCAAAAGGAAUUUGCAGCGACACUUGAAGACAUAUUUAUGAGAUAAACACUUUCUGUUUGUUAUGUAGAGGGGGUUUAUUGUCCAUUUAAAGCUGAAUUUCAAAUUUUUAAAAUUUAUUAAAAUAAAGUCUUAAAAUAGAUGGUAUCCAUAAACAUUUUCAACUUCAAAUUCCAACGUUGAGGAAAUGGCUGACCAUUGUUUUCAAUAGGAAAACAAGGGAGGUAAUUGUGUUGUUAUUUCCUGUGUAAAUAAGUUUUAAGUGUGAGAAUGACACCUAUGAUCGUAUAAUAGUGAGUUGAUAACCUAUUGAGCAAAAGACAUAGAAAUAAUUAUGUUUUGACUUUCUUAGAAAAUAUGAAAUUUUCGCUUUAACCAUGCUUGAAUCAUUAGAAUCUGAGUUCUUCUAAUGGGUAAUUCAAGCAUGGUUAAAUAGACAAUAAACACCUGAUAAAUACGAAACAGGAAAGUGUUUAUCGAUAUUGUAGCUCAAAUAUUUAGGAAUUUUCUCCUUAGCUAUUUAAGACACAUUUUAAUCGUGAUGUAGCUAAAAUAUUUAGGGAUUUUCUUCCGAACUAAUUGGGAUACAUUUUUACACCCAUUUUAAAAAGACAUUAUUUGACCAUGUGCUUGUUUUCAUUUUUCAACAUAUUCCCAAUAGAUUUAGACCGUCCUUGCUUUCAUGCAAAUUUAGAAUGCAUGAGUCUCGAGUUGCUGGUAAAUGAAUUUUGAAAGACAAUGUAAUUCGGAUAUCGACAAAAAAAAAAUAUUUUGAACAUUUGAAGAUUUUUUAAAAAACCCAUUAAAUUAGUCUUAUUGCGGUAUCAGCUAUGAUUGAAAUAAUUCCGUCCUGUUAUCCGAGACUAAAAGAGGAGUAACUCUUGGCAAUAAAGUUGACUUCGCUUUGGGAGUGUCAUGUAAGGAAGCAUAAGAAGACAUUCCAUAUAAUAAAUGAAAUGGGUUUAAAAACUGAGCUAAUCAAGAUGGGCAUAUGCCAUACAGUUUGCUGUGAUAUUAAUUUUGGAUUUUCUCCCUGUCCUCUGUCUUACAGUAUGAUGUAUUGAACUAUAAUAUCAUUGUUUAUGUUGAAGAUACAUGUCUUACAGUAUGAUGUAUUUAACUAUAAUAUCAUUGUUUAUGUUAAAGAUACAUAUCUUACAGUAUGAUCGAUUGAACUAUAAUAUCAUUGUUUAUGUUGAAGAUACAUGACUUACAGUAUGAUCGAUUGAACUAUAAUGUCGCUGUUUAUGUUAAAGAUACAUAUCUUACAGUAUGAUCGAUUGAACUAUAAUGUCGCUGUUUAUGUUAAAGAUACAUAUCUUACAGUAUGAUCGAUUGAACUAUAAUGUUGUUUAUGUUAAAGAUACAUAUCUUAUAGUAUGAUGAAUUUAACUAUAAUAUCAUUGUUUGUGUUAAAGAUGUUUGUUUUACAGUGUCUU